CCACCAGGCUCUCGAGCGCCUGGAGCGGCAGCUCCUCGGCGCCCGGCCGCCGCAGCAGGGCGGCCCCGCCGGCAAGGACCCGCGGCAGUGCCGGGAGGGGCGCGCGGAGGUGGUCUCGCGCCUGCCCGGGGAGCCCCCGCGGGAGGCCCCGCCGCCGGUGGGCGCGCCGGGCCCCGAGCACGGCCAGCCCCGCGGCGCCCCGGCGGGGCGCGGGGUCCUCGACCUCUGCCGCAGCGAGCAGGCCCGCGGCGCCUGCGGCGGCGCGGACUGCCUGCCCCGCGAGGCCGUCGUGUGGGUGGAGGGCCAGGACGCCCCGCGGCAGCUGCAGCAGCUGCAAGAGGGCCAGAAGGUGCUGUGCUACGACUCGCUGGGAGACUGCGUCGACUACGUGA